AUGGAUCCUACUGACUCCCGCUCGAAGCGCCCUAUUCCAAAGACCGGAAAUACGACAGUUUACGACUCACACUUUGAAAACCAUCUGAACGACCACGGUAUUUUCAUGCCCAAUUCUACCUACCCAGAUGGGACCAAGCCAUGUAAACCGGAGAAUAUCGCCGAGAUUCAAAGACGGUUACGAGCCCCUCGCCCGUCCCUCGCAUUGUCCGAAGAUUCCCUGCAGAAGGAAUUUGACAAAUUUACCUUCCUUAACGACAGCACCUCCGACGAGCAGCUCGUGAUCAAGAAAAUCCUCCCGAUUCUCGACGGUCCGCAACAACAAUCGUCAUUUUUUCACGAUGGCGGCAAUCACCCCUUCACGAACCUGGCGCCGCUCACGACCGGUACCCUCGCCAAUGCCAAGCCUGAUAUCUACUACGGCGCGCCGCCUUACCAGCUGCAUUAUCGUGUCCGGGAACAGCUCAGUAACCAGAUUAUCCCCACCCGGCAGGGUAACCGUCCUAUCACGCCUAAUUUUUUCGUCGAGACAAAGGGCCACUGUGGCUUGCCGCCCGUGCUGAAACGUCAGGCCUUGUAUGAUAGCGCUCUAGGCGCCCGAGCGAUGCAUUCCCUCCAGCAAUAUGAAUAUGCGCAAGAGGGGCGCCGCAGCAGCAGCAACAGCAGUAACCGACUACAGGAUAACGACAAUUGCUCCGGUUCUGCGCCUGCUCCUGGCCCUGCCCAUGAUUCCACUUACGAUAACCAUGCCUACGCGAUCGCUUCUCCCUUUCAAGACGGAACGCUAGGUAUCUACGCGACUCAUCCGACGCAAACUCCGAAUAAUAUUAACCCCGGUGCAGACCGUCAGACGGAUUAUGUAAUGACCCGGGUCGGGCAUUACUCCUUGAUCGGGAGUCCGGAAUCCUACCAACAAGGUCUGACCGCGUAUCGCAAUAGCCGGGACCUGGCGAAUGAAUAUCGGGACGAGUUUAUCAGGCAGGCGAAUGAGCGAUAUGAAGCUGGUCGGUAG